AGGAAAGCGAGGGACUAAAGUGAAAAGAGCUUAGCUCCCUCGUCGCCUCCGCACUCCGUCCGGCUCCGGGCCCGGCGCCACCCGGCUGUGGACUGGCUCCGCCGCCGUCUACCCCCCCUCCCCCGCGCUGCACCUUCGUCCGUUGUGUGUCCCAUCUAUCAAGGCUCCGCUGUUUUUUUUCGUCCGUCAGAGGGCGUUGCGGCCGCCCACCCGCGCGCCACGCCCGAGUCCGGGGGAGAGGGAGUGGGGGCCGGCCGGAUCCGGCGGAGGAGAAGGAGAGGGAGGAGAGAGAGGGGGAGGAGAGGAGGUGGGGGUGGCGCGGGGCUGACCAGGUGGCAGGCGGCGGCGCUGUCGGCGGUGGCCGGGUGGGUCUGGGCGGCCUCGUUCUACGACCUCACGCGCCGGGCGCGCACUGGUCUAGCCAUGGGUCACGCGCCGUGUGCACACCGAGAUGCCGGCAAUCCUCAGGUUCCAGAGGUUGCAGCACAAGUUGCUGGACAAUUUCUUCUCUGUGCUGUCAUGCAUUGUCUCUGUUCCCUUCUACACGGGAUUCCUCCCUCUCCUCUUCUGGAGUACACACAACAAGCUGGCUAGGCAGAUGACCCUCCUCAUGGCUUUAUGUGAUUACCUCGGGAACUCUGUCAAGGAUAUGAUAUCAGCUCCUCGUCCAUGCUCUCCUCCUGUUAGAAGAGUAACAGCCACUGAAGAUGAGAAUGCCAUGGAAUAUGGGCUUCCAUCAUCGCAUGCUCUCAAUAUUGUUUGUUUGAUGGGAUAUCUAUUACAUUAUGUCCUCACAUAUGGAGAUGCUGGUAAUGUUAUGAUUGCUGCUGGUUUAUCUCUAGCUUUCUUGUUUGUUAUGCUAAUUGGCAUUGGUGAGUUGGAGUUCAUAAGGCAACCGUUUCUCUUGACUUCCCAAAGAUCUUGACAAUUUGAUUUACCUGAAAUUGACAGCAAGGAUAUAUUUGGUUUGCACAGCUUGAUCGAUGUUAUUGCUGGAAUUUGUUUUGGCAUUGAUGCCAUCCAUCAAACUCACAUCACUUCACAUAUGCAGUAAGAAAAGAAAAUGAUCAAAACAGAUGACAACUUGCUAUACAGGAACCAAGGAAAAAAGAUAGGCUUGGUAAAUGACAAUCAAUUGCAGCCACACCUUAUCUUCUCAACCUUUCCUUUUCAUUUUGAUUGCAUAGUGUUUCUUCAUUGUCCACCAAAGCUGGAUGCUAGAACAGGCAGUGGUGGUGGUAGUGGUGGAACUGCAGCUUGACGGCCGCCGCGGCCGCCGAGUCCGACGCGCCGGUUAGCUGCGGCGCCAUCCCCUCCUCGAUCUGCGACAAUGCGGCUGGUCCCUGGAUCUCGGCUCGGGGGGGUAUUGGGAGCGAUUGGGUCCGCGGCAGCGGCGCUUGGGCUGCUACUCGCUUGACCUCAUCCCGUGAAGCAGCGCCCCCUGGCCCUUUGUUCUCCUUGUCUGCCCUGCAAUCUUCCCAGGCAAUGGGGCGACUGGCUAUACCCUGCAAUCUGCCUAGGCCUGCAUCUUCAUUUGCUCCUUCAGUCCUUCAAGCGUGAGCAUCCUUGAGGUACCUUUUCAAUCCCCCCUAUAUGCAUACGGAUUAGUUCAAAUGCUUCACGAUUGUUGCACACAAUUUCUUCUUGAAUGUCGCAGUUUGUCAGCAAUGCUCCUACCUCCUCUCCUCUGCUUGCUCUGUUCGUGAAAAUACUCUGUCAACAUGGAUGAAUUCAAGCUUACCAGGUGUUCGAUAGAAUGCUCAUAAGAGAUGGGGAAUUAUUUUCCAUCGAUAGAUGCCUUAUUCUUUCAACAACUACAGAAAUUGUAUGCUCAGUAUGCAAGAGUGCAUUCAACUAGGAACAUCGGGUCAUAGUGCAGUAGUCUAACUUUGUGAUAAGAAACAAUUGUUAACAUGUUCAAAAGUUUCUGUUUGCAUGAUGGCACUUGGCAAAGUUUGCAGCAGCUAUGGCAGAUGGUGCGGUGGUAGCAGCUCAGCCUUGAGCACUGAUCGGAUCAGAUGAAGAUUCGGAACAUGUUCAGUUCACUUCAUCAUUCAAAUUACUGUCAAAAUCUAGUUAUUUCAUCACUCGGUGUAUAUAUCCAGGAGAUAGGUGUGCUAUUUCAGAGGAUAGAUAUCCUGACCAUCACUGUAGGAUAAAAAAAAUGUUUGAUUCACAGCACAUAUUAACACAGAGAAUUGAAUUUCCUCUUGUCCAACCUUUUCUCUCAUGGGUAUGAUAGAUGUGAUCCUUUAGAUGUGAUCAUUGUUGUAUACGUAUUUUAUACUUUCCCACAUCAUUUUCUAUGUGUGAUCCUUCUUCUCA